AUGGCAGCAGUUUCUAAGCUCACACUGUACGGAAUUGGAACUGCAGUGUUCCGUGCCCAUCGAACCGCACCUGUAACUGCCAAUUCUUCCUUUCUCUUCUUCAAACCUGUUCCCUUCCCGCCACCGCGAUUCCUCCGGCGCGCCUCCUGCUCUUCCACCGCCGCCGCCGCCGAAACCCUACCCUCCGUCGACCACCCCUGGCCGGAAUGGGUCUCCUUCGUCGAUCGCUUGAACGCCAAAGGAUACCUCCCCAAAUCCUCCUCUUCCGACGACACCGGAAGCGUUUACACCAGCAUCAACUCUCUCAAGGACGCUUGCCUCAGCUUCGCACGCGACCGUUACGACCUUUUCAAGUUCGUUCCGUUCCCCUUCUCUUUUUUAAAUUUUGGGACGUGA